GGCAUGUCAUUCAUUUUGCAAUUGAGUUCAAUUCAUAUUAUGCUGUCGCAGCUGCCCUGCAUUUCGUCCUUGCGCUGUUAUGAGCCUCUAUUAAAAUAUUCAUGACGUUUUCUUGCCCGCCUUCGCACUCACGUCAGAAACGAACCCAUACUUACUGCGCUCGCCGCGUACACAACAUCUCGUCUAACACGUACACUGAAGACUUUGUUUCGCAUCCCGAACCGAAAGGAGAGGAGAAAGUUGUUUCUUGUCCCUAGAUGACGAGACCAUCCAGCAAUUUUGGCCUCGGCCUUGUCCUUGACAUUUCCAAUACCAACAUAGGGCUUGCGACGGUUGCAUCUAAGGUUGAGCGGCUCGUCUGAGCAGCGCAAUCCAUUCGCGGUUGCUCAUCAAUACCACUGAUUUAGGCCAAUAUCGCGGUCGUCCUCGCAAUGUCCUCGCAAUCUUCAUCCCACGGAAAGUCUCUCGAGCGACUGGACAAUGGAAGGCCUCGUUUCCAUGGAUGUUCAAGGAUUACCGACUACGAAUACCUGGGAAAACUUGGAGAGGGAACCUUCGGAGAAGUCUCCAAGGCGCGGUCUAAGAAGACGGGCCAAGUUGUCGCAUUGAAGAAGAUCUUGAUGCACAAUGAAAAAGAUGGGUUCCCUAUAACGGCUCUUCGCGAGAUCAAACUAUUGAAACAGCUGGACCAUAUCAACAUCCUAAAAUUGGAAGAGAUGGCUGUCGAACGACCAAAAAGCGCAAGCAAGAAACCAAGCAUGUUCAUGGUCACACCAUACAUGGAUCAUGAUCUGUCUGGACUUCUGGAAAACCCCCGGGUCAAUUUCACGGAGGCGCAGAUCAAGUGCUAUCUGAAGCAACUUCUUGAGGGCUGUGCAUAUCUACACGAGAACAAGAUCCUGCACCGGGACAUGAAAGCGGCCAAUCUACUGAUCAACAACCGUGGGAUCUUGCAGAUUGCUGACUUUGGUCUUGCGCGUCCAUAUUACGACGACCCGCCUCAACCUGGUCACGGUGCAGGAGAAGCCACGAGAGAAUACACUACGCUGGUCGUGACGCGAUGGUACCGCCCGCCUGAAUUGCUUCUGCAAUUGCGCAAAUACACAACUGCUAUUGACAUGUGGGGUGUCGGGUGUGUCUUUGGCGAGAUGUUCAAGAAAAGCCCUAUAUUACCAGGAAAUACCGACCUGAACCAAGCUACCAUCAUCUUCGACCUAGUCGGCUCGCCUACAGAUGAAAAUAUGCCAGGCUGGAAAGAACUUCCUGGUUGUGACGGCGUCACUGAAUUCCAGCCAAAGCAGCCCACGCUACAUCGCGUCUUUCGAGAACUCAGUCCUGUGGCACUUUCGCUGUUGACCGAGUUUCUGAAGCUCGACUGGCGAAAACGGAUCAACGCCAUUGACGCCUUGAAACAUCCAUAUUUCCACACCGAACCCCUCCCUGCCAGACCAUCCGACUUACCAACCUUUGAAGAUUCCCACGAGCUGGAUCGUAAGAAGUUCCGAGAUCAAAAGCAGAAACCACCACCAGCUCCUGCUGGCGGAUCGGUCGGCAUUGACUCACAGGGUGACUGGGACGUCAAUGGUCGUAGAAUGCCUCCAUUAGAUGGUCGAGGUGGACCUGGAACUGGUCCUCGGGCUCCUAGCAGUCGUCCAUACGCAAAUGGACACAAUGGUCAAGGCCGUGAUCGUCGUGCGCCUGGUCCUCCUGCACAGAACAGGGGCUAUGGAGGUGGCGAGCAUCGUAAUCAGUCUCAUCGGGAUCUGCCACCUUACGAUCAACCUCGUCGUGCGCCGUAUGAUCAGCCUCGGACACAUGCGUCCCAGCCGUACGAUGAUGGCUAUUCCCAACGCGCUCCGGUGGAACACAGUCUACCUGCCCGGCCACCUGUUCCAGAACACGACUCAUAUCGCCACGGAGGCUCAGAUAGACCGCCUUAUCGGGACGAGGGUCGUGGUCCACCACCAUCAAGGUCUAGAGUGCCGGCAGAUGGUCCUGGAGGUCCAAUUCCUGUGGACAGUCGACGACCACCUCACGAUCGCGAUACAUAUGUGCCACCCUAUUCAAGCGCAGACCCUGAUCAACGUGGACCACCCCUGAAGGACCGCAGAAGAGAUGAUCGGCCGCCAUUUAGGGAAGGGCGCUAUCCUCGGCAGCCGCCUGAGUAUGGUGAACCUCUCCGCUAUGAUGACGGCGACCCAGGCGGUGGUCCUGAUCGUGACAGGGGACGUGUUAGGGACAUGGACAACAUGCCAUUACCACCGCGAGAAGGCCCAUAUGACAGAGAGCGACGGCCUAGGAGUCGAAGUCCGAUUAGAGAUUGGGAGCGGGAUAGGGAUCUGCAUAGAGAGCGGCGAGACCGACAAGAUCGAGACUUCGAAAGGGAGCGGGAUUAUCGCGAUCGCGAUAGAGGAUAUGGAAUGCAGGAUCCUUUUCGGCGAUGAUGUUGAUCAAGUGGUUUCCUGGCAUGUGGAGAUGUGGAUUAGGAUAUUAUUGAUAAUGUAUUUCUUGCAUAGCGAACAGCGCGGAGCCUGGACGGGACCGAAAGGAGGCUCUGAAGCACGAGCACCGAUGAGGGAUACAGCACGGCGUCUAGCGUUCGAGUGACGGUCCAUGUCUUUUAUGGAUGGUACAAAUAUGCCCGGAUGAGGCUGAUGAUACAAUAUACAUUACUUUAUAUGU